UGGAUGAGUUGGGGGUCCAGUGGCGGAGAGAUGUCCACCACUGCCGCUGACUGGCGGGACCCACAGGAGGACUCCAAGCCCUACAGUCACAACGGCGCGGAGGAGUCGCUGGAGAGUCCGGCUGCAUCCUCGUCACAGACAGGGGGCAGCGACGUGGAACAGGGUGAGCCAGAACGGCCAGCCGUGCAGGUGGACUGUGUGGUGUGUGGGGACCGGGCCAGUGGCAAGCACUACGGGCAGUUCACCUGCGAGGGAUGCAAGAGCUUCUUCAAGCGCAGCAUCCGCCGCAACCUCUCCUACAUCUGCCGCUCCGGCCGUGACUGCCACAUCGACCAGUUCCACCGUAACCAGUGCCAGUACUGUCGGCUGCGCAAGUGCUUCAAGGUCGGCAUGAAACGAGAAGCGGUCCAGCGAGGGAGGAUCCCGGCCCCUCAGCCCAGCCCGGGCGAUCUCUCCCUCUCGGCCCGGGACCAUCUGAACGGGGGCAACAUCUCAGGACUCAUCUCGCUGCUGCUACGCGCGGAGCCCUACCCCAGCUCCCGCCUCAGCUCGCAGUGCAGCCAGUACAACCUGAUGACCAUCGACAGCAUCUGCGAGCUGGCGGCGCGGCUGCUCUUCUCGGCCGUGGAGUGGGCUCGCAACAUCCCCUUCUUCCCCGAGCUGCAGGUCUCCGACCAGGUGGCGCUGCUGCGGCUGAGCUGGAGUGAGCUGUUCGUGCUCAACGCGGCGCAGUCCUCUCUGCCCCUCCACAUGGCUCCGCUCCUGGCCGCUGCCGGCCUGCACUCUGCACACAUGUCCGCCGACAGGGUGGUCUCCUUCAUGGACCAAAUCCGCGCCUUCCAGGACCAGGUGGAGAAGCUGAAGCUGCUGCAGGUGGACUGCGCGGAGUACAGCUGUCUUAAAGCCAUCGCCCUCUACACGCCAGACGCCUCCGGUCUCUCUGAACCCGCCCACGUCGAGAGCUUGCAAGAGAAGGUGCAGGAGUGUCUGGCUGAGUACGUGCGAUGCCAGUACCCACCACAGCCCCAGCGCUUUGGCAAGCUGCUCCUGAGACUGCCCGCACUCCGGGCAGUGCCCGCCUCACUCAUUGGCCAACUCUUCUUCAUGAGGCUGGUGGGCAAGACCCCCAUCGAGACCCUGAUCAGAGACAUGCUUCUGUCCGGAGGGUCCUUCAACUGGCCCUAUAUGCCGACUCAAUGAAAGGCCAGACUCCAUCUAUUCAAAGCCCUGGCUGGGCACUGCCACUAAUGCCAGCUGUCACCUAUGAUCUAUGGGACUGUUUGAACUGAAGCACUGGAUGGGUUGCAGUAUUUAAAUUAGCACAGAUGUGUGUAUUUCCUGUGUUUAUCGGGCUGUAAUUUAGGAACAUCUGGUCAGAUUGAUUACUUGUUCACCUGGCCGAUGGGAAAUGGUGGUGCAGAGACUGGGAGAAGGUGCGCUGGUGGGGGGCACACCCAUUCCUCACCCACCCUCACCCCUGCUCUACUUUUGUCCCAGUCCCCCUCUCUUCCACCUCAUUCCCCACUCCCUCUUCUGCCCCACUAUCGCCCAUGUCCCACUCCCAUCUCGACCGCUGCCCUCUCCCGCUCUUGUCCCUUACCCUCCCCCUCUCCCUGCCCCAGCUCCCCGCCCUUCCUCCCCACUCCCCCUUCUGCCCCAUGAUUGCCCCUUCCCCCACCUGCCCCAUCUCCCCCCCCCCUGCCCCACUCCCAUACCUGCCCAUGCCCUCACCGUUCCUGUCCCUGCACCGUCAUACCCCGCACCAUCACUCUCCUCCGCUCCUCCCCUUCCUCCCUCACACUCCGCCUCCUGCCCCACUAUUGCACCUGCCCCUCCCAUCCUACCCCACUCCCAUCCCUGCCACUGCUCUUUCCCAUCUCUCUCCACUCCAGUUCUGUCUCUGCACCUGUUCCUGCUCCUUCCCCAUUUCCACUCCUUCCCCUGCCUCUCCCGCUCCCUCCUCCCCCACCCCUGUCCCGGCCCCCAUUCUCACUCCCGUUCUUACCCCUGCCACACCCCUGCUCCCUUAACAUAAGCUGGCCCCUUGCAUCCAUAGGUGGGGAGCACUUCUGUGGGCACAGGAUGACCAGGCAACCGAUGCCACCCUUACUGAUUCCCACACAGAGGUCUGGGGCAGGUGUUGAUGGAGGCCACUAAUACCCUGGACACAUCAACAAGAACCGUCCAGUCUCAGAGAGAUGCCAACAUUGAACAGAAUGCAAUUGUGUGGGUUUGGACCAAAAUAUGAUGAUGCCCAUGUUGAUGGGGUCACCACUAUGUCUCUGUCUGGCUUCACCUGUGCUGAGACAGAGGGUCUGUGUUUAACUCAGCACCAUUCUGAUGUAGACCUUUUCAGUUGGUGUGGAGCGUGGGGAUUGACUGUGUGGCCACAUUAUUCCAGUCAAUGCUCUCAGCCACUGAGUGGGUGGACCUUACACCUUUCCCUAUAUUGUUCCAUCAGCAAGCCUGACAAUUCUAACCUUGAAAAGCACUUCACCAGUCACCAAGAACAUGAGGUUUUCACACAAAGGGUGAGUAGAACAGGAACCCUCGUCACAUGGACAAAAGAGCUAUCAGGUUCAAAAAGCAUUUGAAGAAAUGUUCACAAAGCAGCACUGGCAAGGGGAGGUGGGGUGGAACAAUCUAUCGGCCAGCACCCGCUCUAUGUGGUGGGACAAGUGGUUCCCUUCUGCAUUGCCGCUCUCACAAUGCCUGGCCGUCCUUAGUUCAGCACUGUAAGGCAAGAGUCACACUAAACACAAACCUAGUCUUGAUGUUGUUAGUAACACUACAUUCUUGGCAAUUGGAUCAAUGUGAUGUAUCUUGUAACUGUGCUUUCUAGCUUGUGGUGUAGUUAUUCCUGACCUUCUGCGUGAAAUGUUGCAAUAAAUAUCCUUAUUUUCUUCUUGA